CGUUGAUAGCAAGUCAAAUAUGUUUUGAUUAUUCAUUACGUAUUAUCAGACGUUGGUUGUUGACGCACAUACAACGUUUGUUCGCCCUCUAAAUCGCCUGAUAUUCAAAAUAAAGAGAACCUCGUAAGCCGUUUGGUUAUCAAAAAAUGAUUAAGCUGGGUGACGUUUUUCCUGACUUCAAGGCCGAAACCUCUCGAGGACCGAUUCAGUUCCAUGAAUGGCUGGGAGAUUCCUGGGGACUCCUAUUUUCCCAUCCUGCUGAUUUUACACCUGUGUGUACCACAGAACUCGGAAGAGUUGCUCAGCUUCAGGGAAAAUUUGAAGAAAAAAAUGUUAAGCUGAUAGCACUUUCCUGUGAUGGAGUUGAUACCCAUCGAAAAUGGAUUGAAGAUAUUAAAGCAUAUUCCAAAAUAGAAAAAUUUGCUUACCCAAUUAUAGCGGAUGAGAAAAGGGAACUAGCUCAUCUACUUGGAAUGAUCGAUCCUGAUGAGAAGGAUGCUGCUGGAAUACCCUUAACUUGCCGAGCAGUAUUCUUUAUUGGGCCAGACAAGAAACUGAAGUUGUCGCUGCUUUAUCCAGCAACAACAGGGCGCAAUUUUGAUGAAAUUUUACGGGCAAUCGACUCCGUCCAGCUAACAGCCAGAUAUAGAGUUGCUACCCCGGCGGACUGGCAACACGGGACAUACUGCAUGGUAUUACCAACAGUGGGAGACGACGAGUUAGAAACAUUGUUUCCUAAAGGAGUGGAAAAGCUAGCCAUGCCAUCUGGAAAAGACUACCUACGUAUGACACCUUGCCCUGAGAAAGAAUGAGACACUGGCUUUAUGGACUAUCACUGGUGGUUUAACUCUAAAUUUCCACCGUUUAUCUUUUUUACCCUAUGCAAAAAAAAUUUGCAGUUCCGUUGUACCAAACAAAUAAAAUCGCGAAUAUUCGCAGUAAUUCGCAUUUUUCUACUA